CGACCAACAAGUGCGCGCGCAUGGAAAACUUGAAACCCAACGCAUUUGUCGAGGCCCUCAAAGUCGUCGGCAAGGCGUUCGUCGUCUGGAGCAGUAACUGGAGACGCCUGCUCCCCGUCAUCGUCGGGGUGUUUCUGCUCGACCUGGCUCUGACGGUCGUGUGGGUGAAUCUAGCAAGCCUGCACCUCAAUCUUGAUUCCAUGGGGCUCUUCUUCGAAAUGGCCGACAACUCGACCACCAUGGCCGCGGGAGCCGUGGUUGUGACUCAUGUGGACGAGGGGACGGAGGUCUCGUCCUCGCGCCAACUCAUCGAAAUCGUAGGGGAAAUCUUCUUCGGGUUAUCAACAACCGUGGCCCUCCUUUCCUUCUCAUGUACAUGUAACUGCGAUCUUUCAGAUAAUAGGACUACUACUUCAGAAGGACAACACCCUUCUUUAUCGUCAUGGAGGGAAUGGAAGAGUUUGGGCAUUCAGUUGUUCACGGGGCUGGGCAUGACCAUCUUCAUAUCGGUACUUUUGGAAGUUCUUGAGCUGGACGACGACCUGUCCCACUAUCUCACCAAUUUCUUCGAUUUCGUAUACAUGCUUGCCGCUGUUGUUGCUUCAAAAGAGGGCCUCUACGGGUUCUCUGCAGCCGAGAAGGCAUGGUUAAUCAUUAGCGAAAAGUUCUAUGAGAUAACUGUGGCGGGCGCGAUGAUUUUUGUCGUCCAGGGAUGUCUAGAAAAGGUCUACACGAGUGCAAGAUUUUUACCUCGAAAGAAGGAAGUGGUGUUGGCGCUCGUGAUAAGGGAGGACACGGCGGCUGACAUCUUCCGGUACUCCGUCGCCGCAGCCUUUCUCACCGUCAUUCUGCAGGUAUUUCUGUGUUUGGUGAUUUUGGCGUUUUACGGUGGCGGCGGACGCCCAAUGGAUCGGCGACCCCUCGGCAACGAUGUCAGGGGCGUGCCUGCGGCGACGCACACGCAGCCGCUCCUUGAAGCAGAGGCAGCAAGGGCGGGCUCUGCUUCUGGCGGGAGUGACGCCAGCUCGAUUUCACUUGAUGAUCGUUUUAGACGAUUUAAACAUAAAACUGACAAAACUGGCCCACCCGUCAGGGCUAAUGUGGCUGAAAAGUCAAUGCCAGGGAAGACUGGCCCACCCGCAGCCGUCGCCUCCCACCUCCCACCCCCACCCGCGCUGCAGAUCGACGCCGCCGGACCUGUCCCCCGUCUCGCCGCCGGACCCGUCCCCCCGUCUCGCCGCUGGCGGACUCCCGGGGUCCGACGCCUGCUCCCGCCUCUGUCACGGACAUGCCCAAGGCCCCCAAGAAGCAGGCGCGCCACCGGCCUGUAG